CAAAAAGCUUGCCGGACGGGAAUCUCCGCUACCCGCCGAAAGAUUACAGCUGUGCGAUUUAUCAGAGCGCUUAUCGAACACUUUACAAGGCACCUGUGUGCGCACCUCUGUGCACCUGUGUAUGUGUAUUUACACAAACAAGAAUGAAAACGCGCUAAUUUAAAGUGCACUUGAAGCGGACGAUUUGACUAAAGUUGAUUUUGUUAAUACCAGCUCCUUACGUAAUGCUCUCAGGCACUCAACUGAGCCGUCUGGCUGCAGGUCGUCUAUUGCCCGGAUUGGCCAGACGUGCGCACACGGAGCGCAAGGUGCAGGUCAAAGAUGCCGGUGACUUGCACAUUGUCGAAUGCGGCAGCGGAUCGCGCAGUUUGCUGCUGAUGCCCGGCGCUCUGGGCUCGGCCUGGACGGACUUUAGGCCACAAAUCGAGCAGCUGCCCAGUCUGCUGCCGGAUCACACGAUAAUUGCCUGGGAUCCGCCGGGCUAUGGGAAGUCGGUGCCGCCGCAACGCAAGUUCGGACUGGAGUUCUUUCGCAAGGAUGCCGAGGCAGCCGUUAAUCUGAUGCGUGCCCUGAACAGACCCAAGUUCUCCAUCCUCGGCUGGAGCGAUGGCGGCAUCACAGCCCUAAUAGUCGCGGGACGUCAUGCCGAUGCCGUGGAAAAGCUGGCCAUUUGGGGUGCCGGCGCCUAUUUGAAUGCGGACGAGGUGAAGGCGCUGCAAGCGAUCCGCGACGUAGCCAAAUGGUCACCACGCAUGCGCGAACCCAUGGAACGGGUGUACGGAGCUGAACGCUUCGCCCAGCUGUGGGCGGAGUGGGUGGACGCCGCUUGUGAUUUCUAUGCGAAGCGCGACGGCGACUUUUGCCGCACGGAAGUCGGACAAGUGAAGGCGCCGACAUUUAUACUGCACGGCAAAAAGGAUCCGAUGAUUGCGGCCGAGCAUGUGCCCUGGCUAAAGCAGCGAUUGCCGCAGGCGCGCUACCACGAGUUUCCCGACGGCAAGCACAACAUCCAUCUGCGCUACGCCGAGGAGUUCAAUCAGCUCAUCGCCGACUUCUUCAAAUAACAGAAGGGAAAUAAAGCCGUAGCCAGGUUUUUGCUUAUGGAAAAGUUUA